AUGAGUGCGCCCGGGCCCGCGCCAAAUGGCCGCCCCUUCGCCCGCAACUCGCGCAACACUCCCUUUGCCAGGAACACAUCGCAGAUGGUUUCAUCGCCGCUGAAUGAGAACGGAGACUCUGGCAUGCCAGGCCACCUGCGCAACCGCUCCCUCACAAACCUCACCAGCCCGACCGGGCUGGGCCGCAGCGAAUCGCGCCUCCGCUCCAACUCGCACCGCAACAGCACCCCCGUCGGCACCUUUGCCCCGCAGUUCAUCUCGGAAGAGGAGAACGAGGCCCCGCGUCUGGGCGGCAUUGUAGAGGGCGAGAACGACUUCUCUGGCAAGCGCUAUGUCUGGCUCAGAGACCCCACCACCGCCUUCGUCCGCGGAUGGGUCGUCGAGGCCCUGCCAGGAGGACGAAUUCUAGUCCAAUGCGACAAUGGCACCCAGCAAGACGUCGAAGCCGAUGCCAUCGACAAGGUCAAUCCCGCCAAAUUCGACAAGGCCGACGACAUGGCUGAACUUACGCAUUUGAACGAGCCCUCAGUCAUCCAUAAUCUCCAUAUGCGAUACCAGGCCGAUCUCAUAUACACCUACUCCGGACUGUUUCUGGUCACCGUGAACCCUUACUGUCCACUGCCCAUCUACUCAAGAGAGUACAUCAACAUGUACCGGGGGCGGAGCAGAGAGGAGACCAAACCGCAUAUCUUCGCCAUGGCUGACCAUGCUUUUCGGAACCUCAUAGAGGAGGGCACCAACCAGAGCAUCCUCGUGACCGGAGAAUCCGGUGCUGGUAAGACUGAGAAUACCAAGAAGGUCAUCCAAUAUCUAGCUGCCGUCGCGAACUCGGAUACUCCACGUCCAAAGUCGGGCGGACGCAACCUCUCCAACCUCUCCGAGCAGAUCCUACGCGCGAACCCUAUCCUCGAAGCCUUUGGUAAUGCGCAGACGGUACGGAAUAACAACUCGUCUCGUUUUGGAAAGUUCAUCAGGAUCCAAUUCUCCCGCCAAGGUCACAUCGCUGGUGCGCACAUAGACUGGUAUCUAUUGGAGAAGUCAAGAGUCGUGCGUCUCAACUCGAACGAGCGUAAUUAUCAUGUUUUCUAUCAGCUGCUGCGCGGCGCACAGAGCCAGAUGAAGCAGGACUUUUUCUUGGACGGCAAAGACACCGAUGACUUUGACUACACCAGGCAUGGCAACGAUGUAAUUUCCGGAGUCGACGACCGUGAUGAGUGGAAUGGCUUGAUUGAGGCCUUCCAUGUCAUGGGUUUUACCGAGAAGGAGCAAUCGGGUAUCAUAAAAACUAUCGCCGCGGUUCUACACUUGGGCAACAUCCGAGCCGUCAAGGAGAGCCGACGGGCAGACCAGGCUACACUGAAUCUUGCGGCCGAGCAACAAGCUCAGAUAGUCGCCCAACUACUCGGCAUCCCCGCCGAAGGCUUCAUCAAGGCCCUUCUACAUCCUCGUGUCAAGGCUGGAAGAGAAUGGGUUGAAAAGGUUCAGACACCAGAGCAAGUCAAUCUCUCCAUUGACGCCCUUGCCAAGGGUAUUUAUGAGCGGGGUUUUGGCGACCUCGUCGACCGCAUCAAUCGUCAGCUUGACCAGACUGGUGCUGGCGCAGACGACUCACAUUUUAUCGGUGUUCUUGAUAUUGCCGGAUUCGAAAUUUUUGAUGAGAAUAGCUUCGAACAACUCUGCAUCAACUACACUAACGAGAAGCUGCAACAAUUCUUCAAUCACCACAUGUUCGUCCUGGAACAAGAGGAAUACGCACGCGAACAGAUAGAAUGGAAAUUCAUCGAUUUUGGCCGCGAUCUCCAGCCGACAAUCGACCUGAUUGAGUUGCCAAACCCCAUUGGUAUCUUCUCCUGCCUGGACGAGGACAGUGUUAUGCCCAAAGCGACCGACAAGAGCUUUACAGAGAAGCUGCAUUCACUAUGGGACCGCAAGAGCACCAAGUACAAGCGCUCAAUGCUGACCCAAGGUUUCGUUCUUACACAUUACGCUGCCGAAGUAGAGUACUCUACAGAAAACUGGCUAGAAAAGAAUAAGGACCCAUUGAAUGACAACGUCACGCGUCUCUUGGCUAGUUCUACUGACAAGCAAAUCGCCAACCUCUUUGUGGAUUGUGCUGAUCCGGACGAUGGCAUGGGCGGAACCCGCAGCCGCGUCAAGAAGGGCCUCUUCCGUACUGUCGCUCAGCGCCACAAAGAGCAUCUGUCAACGUUGAUGACCCAGCUCCAUUCCACGCACCCCCAUUUCGUCCGAUGCAUUCUCCCAAAUCACAAGAAACGGCCGAAGCAGUUUAGCGCUCCUCUUGUUCUUGACCAACUACGAUGCAACGGUGUCCUGGAAGGUAUUCGUAUCGCACGUACCGGCUUCCCCAACCGACUUCCUUUCGUGGAGUUCCGCCAAAGAUACGAGGUGCUUUGUAGAGAUCUCCCCAAAGGCUAUAUCGAAGGGCAAGUGGCGGCGAGCAUGAUCCUCGAAAAGAUCAACCUUGACAGGUCGCUGUACCGUGUCGGAAUCACCAAGGUCUUCUUCCGGGCUGGUGUUCUUGCCGAGCUGGAAGAUCAACGCGAUGCACUCAUCCGGGAUAUCAUGAUCCGUUUCCAGUCCGUAGCUCGCGGAUUUGUUCAACGCCGCCUGGCCAACAAGCGUCUUUAUCGAGCCGAAGCCACUCGCAUCAUCCAGCGUAACUUUCAGGUCUACCUUGAUCUACAAUCGAACCCAUGGUGGAGGCUUUACGCUCGAAUGAGGCCCAUGCUUGGAGCCACACGUCAAGCAGCAGAGGUCAAGAAGCGCGAUGAGAUGAUCCACCAACUCGAGGCGAAAAUGCAACAAGAAGCUGAAGAGAGACAACGGGUCGAAGACGAGCGAAGACGCGCAGAAAUGGAUAUCCAACGCAUUCAGCAGACGCUCGAGAGCGAACGUGCGCUUGCGUUGGAUAAGGAAGAGAUCUUCAAGCGUCUCCAACUUCGUGAAACUGAACUCUCUGAGAAGCUUGCUGGUGCUAUCGAAGAUCAAGACGAACUCGAAGAUCAGUUAGACGCUCUCAUGGAAGCAAAGAAGAGGACUGAGGAGGAGGCUGAGCAUUUGCGCAAAGAGCUCGAACAAGCUGGGCAGAUCAUCAGCAAACUUGAGACAGAAACACAGGAGCUAGAGGAGCAGAACGCCCGGCUAGACCAGCAACUCAAGGAGCUUGAAGUUCAGCAUUCUCAGCGAAGUCAGGCCGAGGAAUCAUUGAGUCAGGAGAUCAAGAUGCUCACGAGCCACCUGAGCUUGAAAGAACGGAAACUUGAGGACCUUCAAGCCAAGCUCCUCAAGACAGAUCAAGACCUUGACAUUAAGUUGGCGGCUUCCCAGAAGGAGGUACAGGCCGGCAAGAACCAGAUCAAAGAACUUCUCGACGAGAACCGGCAGAUCCGUCAACAGAUAACAGAUUUGUCCUCGACGUCUACCAGUUACGAAGAUCUCAUCAGACGGAAAGAGAGCGAGCUGGCGAUCCUAAAGACCGACCUCAAGAACUAUGAAAAUGACCGCCGGUUGUUUGACGAUGAGAAGCGAACCCUGGCGUCCAAGCAUGACGAUCUUCAAAGCCGCCUUCGAGAUGCGAAGGCUGAGCUGGAUGCCGUGCGCUCCCAAAAGCAACAAUUGGAACGCGAGGCUGCAGACGCAAAACGCCUACUCGAGGAAAAGAUUUCCGAGGACAACGAAUACACAGAAAGCCGGAAACUGCUGGAAGAGCAAACGAACGCUCUCAAGGCCGAGCUUUUUGCAGUACAAAAGGAGCUCAGUCGGGAAAGGCAAUCGCGUGACGAUGUCGAGAUGCUCGGGGAGCACAAAUACGACACGCUCAAGCGUGACUACGAUGCGUUGAACGAAUCGAAGAUCACCAUUGAGAAAGAGAUGUACGCCCAGCAGGACGUUCUUCGACGAGCUACGGAGAGUCGCACAGCCCAUGAGAAGGAGCGCAAGGAAUAUCAGACUGAACUUCGCACCCUUCGUGAAAAGUACCUGAAGUUGGAGGAAGAGAAGCUGGACGCUGAUGCUCAAGCAGAACGUGCGCAGUCAAAACUGGCUACAGAGCGACAAGCCGUACAACAACUUGAGCUGGAGGCAAAGGAUCAACAGCUUGAUCAACUUGAGGCGGAGCGUGAUGACCUAGCUGAGCAAGUUCACAACUUGACGCAGAUGCUCGCCGACUCAGACUCGUUCAAGGAGCGCAAUGAUCAGCAAAAAGAGCGCCUAGAACGUGAGAUUGUCACCAUCAAAGGAAGACUCACGGCAUCCGAGAACGACAACCGGGCACUUCUCAACAAGCUGCAACAAAAGAAUUUGGACAUCGCGCGAACAAACUCCCGAGCUAGUGACACACAUCGUGUAAAACUCACUCAGUUGACUCACGAGAAGUCUAAAGCCGAGGAAGAGAAUAAGCGCCUCUUCCGUCAGCUCGAAGACUCGCAGCUCACGAUUGCGUCUUUGGAAAAGCAGAAAGAGAAGUUGUCGCUCAGUCUUGAAGACCUCAACCACGAACUUGCAAGGGAGCACAAGACAAGCCGCAAUGCGGAGCAGGCCUCGUCCACCAUCAAUCUACAACUGGCAGACGUCAACCGUCAGCUUGAGACCGAGCGCCAGUUGCGUACACAGGCUCAAGCCAGUGCACGUGCUGUUCAAGCAACGCUUGACAACACAAACACUGAGUUGGAGGAAUGCCAUCGACAGCUUAUGCUCCUUCGCAAGGUCUUUGACCCAGACUCGGCAGAUGUUGCGAUCACUUACGAAGCCGCUAAGCCUGACAUUGUGAAGACCGUGGACAUUGCUGAGCGUCUCGAGGCUGCUAACCAAGCCUUGCGCGUAGCAUCAGAGCGAUACUCGCGUGCUGAGGCUCAACUCGACGAGCUCCGAGAAAGGCACGAGGGCGAGCUUCAUGACCUGGAUACACGCCACACCAACUCAAAGCGUGCACUGUUGGAGGAGAUGAACGGCAACCAAGUCAAUCAACGCGGAACACCUACACACAACCGGAAAGACAGCGAGAACAAGCGUCCAUUCUCGAUCACAAAUACUCCCCAAAACCAGCGCCACAUCAGCAAUGCCACGAACGAUUCCGCACGUUCUGAUAGGACAGUUGAUACUGUCGCUUUCAACAACCGUAUGGACAUCGCUGCCGAGCUCGAGUUGGUACAAAACCAGUUGCAGAUGUCAGAAAUGCAAAACAAACACCUUCAAGACCAGCUUGGACGCUCGCCCGUGCGCAACAACGAUUGGCAGGAAGAUAGCCCGUCUGUCAGAAGGGUGCAGAAGUUGGAGCGUGAGAACUACCGUCUACACGAUAUGCUGGAUGAUUCUGCCACCAAGGUUACCUCUCUUGAGCGUAGCCUUCAUUCUGGUCAACUCUCGUACCAAGAGGUUCAGACGAAGUCCCAUGAGCAACUUUUCGAUCUCUUGACCGCGCAAGAGCAGUCACGUAAAUCGGUCGUACAAGCCCACAACACCGCUAUCAACGAACUCGCCGACGCCAAGACCGCCUUUGACGACAUCAAGCAGGCCAAGCUCUCAUUGGAGUCUGAACUUCGCGAGAUGCAUGCCGAGCUCGAAGACAUCACUCAGGAACGAGAGCUAGAGCACGCAAAUCACAAUCAGCUUCUCCAAGAAUUUGCCGAUCUCCAGAUCCGAUUGGACAACGAGACAUCGGCCUUAGUUGAUGUACAGUCAAGCUUAAACUUGUACAAGAGCAGGGCCGACGACUACUUCAGCAAGUUGGAACAAGCAGAGAUCUCCGUACUGAGAGCAUCCCGUGCAGAGCAAUUUGCAAAGUCGCAAGCUCGGGAAGCUGAAGAAACGUGUGCAACGAUCAUGGCUGAGCGAAAGGAGAUGGACGGCAUGGUCGAGGACCUGCAGCGAACAGUCCAGCGGUACGACGAACGUGUUGAAGACCUCUCGACAGACUUGGAGACAGCCCUGCAAGCCAAGAAACGACUACAGAAUGAGCUUGAAGAUUACAGAAGUCAGCACGCCCAUGAUGUUGAGGACAGCGAAACUUCGCUGGAGCAGACACGAAAGAAGUACCAGUCCGAGUUGGCAUCUCUUACCCAGGAAAUCGACCAAGAGCGCGAGAAUGUCAUUCACGUACGCGAAGAGAAUGGUCGACUACGGGAAGAGAUUGAAGAGUUGAGGAACAAGUGGGAUGACGAACUGCUCAACUCGUCAACCUGGGCGAAGGAGAAGAGCCGUCUUGAGAUGACGCUGCAAACUAUCUCCAACUCGCGCGACGAGGCCGCCAAUGCGCACAAUGAAGCGCAGUCCAAGAUCGUUAGUCUGCUGUCACAAGUCCGUAACCUGCGGACCAACGUCGACGACCUUGCAGCUGAGCGCGAUUCUGCCAUCGAGGAGAAGAAGCGUCUCGAAUCGCGUCUUCAAGAGGCUGCAGACGCCCUCGACGAACUAUCUCGCUCAGAAUCUCCCGCCAUGCGUAAUGCGGCUGCUUAUGAUCGUGACUUACUGGAGCUCAAGUCCGGCUUGGCACAGCAGGAGGACAUCACUGCCGCUGCAGUAGGCAAGAUGCGUCGCGCAGAGGCCCUUGCUCAAGAAUUGCAAAAGGAUAUCGUAGCUGAACGUGAAGCGAACGUGAAACUUCACAAGGAUAAGGCAGCUGUUGAGAAGGGACUGAAGGAUCUACAGCUUCGCCUAGUAGAUCUUGAGACAAAGGGCUACAGCGGAUCAGCUGGCAAGGACGUCCGGUUCCUCCAUGGACGUAUUCAAGAACUCGAACAAGCUCUCGAAAACAGCGAAUCCACUCGUCUCUCCGAAUCUCGUAGCGUCCGAAACGUCGACCGCACGGUAAAGGACCUACAAACACAAAUUGAGCGCCGUGACAAGCAAAACGCCCAGGUCAUGGACGAUCUCAACAAGUCACGCGACAAGAUUUCCAACCUCCUCGCCACGAUCGACGAUCUUCAAUCCUCCGACUCGACGAACCAACUCGCCGCUAAGCGUGCCGAACGCGAACUCCGCGAAGAACGAGAAAAGAACCUGCGCCUUGAGCGUGAACUGGAGGGAUGGAAGAACCUCGGUGCCCAGCGCCACAGCGCCCUUGGCGUUCCUCGUGCACCAGGCAGUGAAGCAGGCGGUGAAACGCGUUCGCGACGAGGCAGUUCAAUCGGCUUGCUGAUGGGCGAGAUGGGCGAAGUCGGUCCAAAUGACAAGGGCAAGUUCGGCAGUCUACGCUCUGGUCUCCGUCGUGUCAGUGGUCAGAAGGGUUUUUUGUAG